AGAAAGACGCAGCUGGUUAUGCCGUUUGCCAUGGAAGAGGCAGAAAAGCACUGCUGCUUAUCGCACGAGUUUUACAGAGCAGCAACUAAGAACCCAAAUAAGAUCGCCGUCAUACAUGCGUCCUCGUCGCCAGUCGGUGAGGCCCAGAUUGACAGCGUGUCAAUCGCCUCCGGGAAUCCUCCGGUUUACCCAGGGGACUGCCGUUUCACUUUCAAUGACGUCAUGGCGUCCGUCGGUUGCCUUACUUCUCGCCUCCGCUCCAUUCUUAAUGGCGCCAAUGACCCCAGCUUGGUCAACCCACAAUCCUUAGGAAGUAAUUCUACGAGUGGGCGGGAUGUUUCCUUGUCUUCUUCGCCGCCAAGAGGAGCUCUGAGGACUGAUCUUGGGAAUGUAUAUUGUCCAAAAAUAGUUGGGAUAUAUAUUCCACCUUCAGUGGAAUACAUAAUUUCUGUUCUUUCCGUUUUAAGGUGCGGGGAGGCUUUCUUGCCUCUGGAUCCCUCCUGGCCUAGAGAUAGGAUAUUGUCUAUUGUAUCAUCUUCAAAUGCUGCUCUUGUUAUAGCUUGUGGGUCUUCCUUUGGGAAAAGGGGUUGUGAGCCAAUUGAUAAAUCGCAUUGGCUUUUAGAGUGCUGCACCUGCCCUGUAUUGCGCUUUUCCAUGGAGGAAACCGUUGAGCAGCAUGAAAGACCAGUGGGUUUUCUUUUUCCUUGUGAGGAAGAAAGACAGAGAUUGUUCUGUUAUCUGCUGUACACUUCAGGAUCUACUGGAAUGCCUAAAGGUGUUUGUGGCACCGAACAAGGUCUUUUAAACCGCUUUUUAUGGAUGCAAGAAUUGUAUCCCCUGCAUGGAGUGGAACUUCUAUUGUUCAAGACAUCAAUAAGCUUUAUUGAUCACCUGCAAGAAUUUCUUACUGGUAUUCUUACAGCUUGUACACUGGUCAUACCUCCUUUUACCAAGAUAAAAGCAAACAUGUUUUCAGUCAUUGAUUUUCUGAAGGCUUACUCUAUUAGUAGGUUUACAGCUGUUCCAUCAUUGAUGAGGGCAAUCCUCCCUGCUUUGCAAAAUCAACAAGACAUUUGGAUUCAAAGUGCACUAAAAUUGUUAGUCCUAAGUGGUGAAGUUCUACCUUUAUCUUUGUGGAAGACUCUUUCCACUUUAUUACCCAAGACCUCUAUACUGAACUUGUACGGGAGUACAGAGGUAUCUGGAGAUUGUACAUAUUUUGACUGCAAGAUGUUGCCAUCAGUUUUGGAGACAGAAACCUUAACUAGUGUUCCAGUUGGUUUGCCUAUUGCCAAAUGUGAUGUAGUACUUGGUGAAAGUGACACUCCUAACGAGGGAGAAAUAUGUGUUGGGGGUCUUUGUGUUUCUAUUGGGUACUUUUCAGAAAACAAAAUUAUGCCCAUGGAUUAUACAAAAUUGCACCAGAGUACCAUUUGUAACUGUUCUGUUGCAGAUUGUGGAGGCCAGUUAUAUUUUAGGACUGGUGAUUUUGCCAGACGGCUUCCAAGCGGAGACUUGGUCUUCUUGGGGAGAAAAGACCGUACCAUAAAAAUUAAUGGGCAGCGUGUUGCUUUAGAAGAGAUUGAAAAUACAUUAAGGAGGCACUGUAAUGUAGCUAAUGCUGCUGUAAUUUGCCACAAGGAUCAUGGGGGUGUUACACUUAUAGCAUUUAUAAUGUUUAAGGAGAAGAAAUCAAAUGAACUAAUGAAAACUUCUAUUAGAAGUUGGAUGACCAGCAAACUUCCUUUAGCUAUGAUUCCUAACCACUUCAUCUUUGUGGAAAAUUUGCCAAUGUCUGCCAGUGGAAAAGUGGAUUACAGAUCGUUGGAAGGCUCAAUCUUAACAACACAAGUGCAGGAUGAGAUUAGUGACAGUGGUACAGAUGAUUUCAUGCAAGUUAUCAAAAAGGCCUUUUGUGUUGGUUUGAUGGUUGGCGAUGUUUCUGAUGAUGAUGAUUUCUUUGUGAUGGGUGGUAAUUCAAUUGCUGCAGCACAUGUUUCCCAUACUUUAGGGAUUGAUAUGAGAUUGCUCUAUGCCUGUCCAACUCCAUAUAAGCUUCUAAUUGCUCUUACAGAGAAAAAGAGAGCAAAGAAUGCAGAUGCCAGAAACGAUUCUAAAUUUAAAUUUAAUCCCAAAUCAGACAAUGGAAAGGCAUUUUAUUCUGUUGACCCUGCAACUCCUCAUAUUCUUGGCUUAGAAUUACAGGGAUCAAUUUCAAGGACUCCUCAUACAAACAUCAAAGGUCAAGCUGGUUUGUCUAAACGCUUGAAGGUGGAUUCAAAUAAAUUUGUUGCAAUGGAGUGUGAUUGUUCAAAUGAUGGCUCUCCAUGGAAUUCUGCAACAAUGCCCAUAUCAUGUUCAUUUAGUCACUGUAAUAAGAUUAUGCAUGAAAGGUGUGAAUUUAGUGAUAUCCAUCAAUUGGCACACUUGAUAGAGGUUCCAAGAAAUAGAAAGGGAUCUUUGAAAGAACUGUGGAAAGUUCACAUGGAGUCUUGUGUUGAUGCAUCACCAGUUGUUGUGUUCAAAGAUUCAGAUGCUUAUUUAUUUAUUGGCUCUCACUCGCAUAAGUUUCUCUGUGUUAAUGCCAAAAGUGGCUCUGUCCAGUGGGAAAUCAGGCUGCAAGGACGAAUUGAAGGUUCAGCAGCAGUUGUUGGUGACUUUUCUCAGGUUGUUGUUGGAUGCUAUGGAGGGAAAAUAUAUUUUCUUGAUUUUUCUAAUGGCAACAUUUGUUGGACAUUCCAAACAUCUGGUGAGGUGAAAUGCCAGCCACUCGUAGAUGUGCGUAGACAAUUGAUCUGGUGUGGAUCACAUGACCAUAACCUAUAUGCUCUUGACUAUAGAAAGCACUGCUGUGUAUAUAAGCUUCCUUGUGGUGGAAGUAUAUUUGGAUCUCCUUCAAUAGAUGAAGUGCAUGACACACUUUAUGUGGCAUCUACUAGCGGCUGUAUAACAGCUAUAUCAAUAAAGGAUUUACCAUUCCAUACUUCAUGGCUGCAUGAACUUGAAGUGCCAAUAUUUGGGUCUCUCUGCAUCAGUCCCAUAAAUGGAUAUGUUAUUUGCUGCUUGGUGGACGGGCAUGUAUUGGCAUUUGAUUUGAGCGGAUUGAUUAUUUGGAGGUAUAGAACUGGUGGUCCAAUUUUUGCUGGUGCUUGCACACCUUAUGUGCUUCAUUCUCAGGUGCUAAUAUGUUCCAGGAAUGGAAGUGUUUAUUCAUUUGAGCUGGAAAAAGGAGAACUACUCUGGGAACUAAAUGUUGGAGAUCCAAUCACAUCAUCUGCUUAUGUAGAUGAGAACUUGGGGCUGUUAUCUAAUCCCUCUGUUUCAUAUGACAGGUUGGUUUGUAUAUGCACCAGCUCUGGUAUCAUUCUUUUACUUCGUAUCAACUUGGAUGAACCAAAGACAUCCCAACCAAGUAAAAUGGUGGAGGAAUUUGCAAGGCUUGAACUUCAAGGUGAUGUGUUCUCUUCACCUGUGAUGAUUGGUGGGAGGAUUUUUGUUGGUUGCAGAGAUGAUUAUUUGCACUGCAUUGCUGUUGAAACCCAGUUGAAGGAUGAGGUUUGGGAAUGUGAUAGUUAGAUUACAGAAAUGUGGGUCUGUAUUUGCAAAGAGCAAUUUAACAAUUUUCCCAGCUGAAGAUGACCUAAUAUGUGGUUAUUGGAAAAGGCACACCACCACUCAUGCAGAAGCACUAAUUUGUCCACAUUUUAAACUUCUGGUCCAUCAAGAAACAAGAAUUAACAUAAUUUUCAAUGUGAGAACUGCAUGGAAUUAGGUCUCUUGAAUGAAGCUUCAACGAAUUGGAAGUGCUUCCCAUAUUGCGUUCUCUUGCUGUUGUGGUUUGUCAUAGGUGAAAGGAGAGAAACAAUAAGAGCAUUACGCAGGUUAUGCUCCAUAUGAUGAUUCCUUAAAGAAGGUAAAAUGUAUUGAGCUUUUGAAUAGUUUUGAUGUAGGGUGGAUCCCUCAAAUAUAGGCAGAAGCAGGGCUAACAAUGCCAUGCUUAAAAAAUUGGAGUUUGUCGAAUGAUAGAGAGGUGGGUGGAAGGUUCAAAUUCCAGUACUCACUCGUAGAAGCUUCUGCAGUACAAAGUGACAUGAGUUGUUUAGCUUGGAUAGCAGUCAGGUUGCUGGCUUGGUGAAGUAAACUAACACACUAAUCCUGCAGCAGAAUCUUCAAAGUCACACAUGAUAUCAAUACACCCUUCUAUUUACCUUGAUACAGGUUGAUGGGUAUAGGAUUUUUGAUAGCUGUUGGCUUGAGUUGCUGGGUAAGGCUGGGUUUCUGGUGUUCAUAUCUGUAGCAAUAACUGCAGUAGGAUUUUUCUUUUAUUUUUUUUCUUUUAAACUUCAUAAUCUUGUUUAUGCCAUGUAUGAUAUCUUUACCUGUAAUGAGGUCAUUUGUUUUACCUAAGAAGCGAAAUUCUUUCUUCACAUUACAGCAGGAAACUGAUUGAU